AUGCAGUGCUACUCCGAGCUUAUACCUCCUUCGGGCGUCACUCACGCCCUCUCACUCCCCUUCACUUCACCUGAUGCCGACAAUUUGAUUGUUGCGCGGACGUCUCUGCUCCAAGUCUUCCAAUGCAAGCCGGUCAAUGGUGGUCAGGAGUCGAGACUCGUCUCGAUCGCCGAGUACAGCUUGGCAGGGACAGUCACGUCGUUAGGCAAGGUCAAGAUUGCCGACUCGAAAAGUGGCGGGGAUGUCGUCCUCAUCGCCCUCCGUGAUGCUAAGCUGAGUCUCGUCGAAUGGGACCCCGAGUUGCAUAGCAUAUCUACUCUGUCAAUACAUUUCUACGAGCACCAUGAUCUCCAGGCUGCUCCGUGGAUGCCUGAUCUCGCCGAUUGUGUCAGUCAUCUGACGAUUGAUCCGUCCAGUAGAUGUGCGGCCUUCAAUUUCGGCGUCAGUAAUCUCGCUAUUAUUCCUUUCCAUCAAGCUGGAGAUGAUCUGGCUAUGGACGACUUGGACGACCUUGACGGAGAGGAUAAGGAAAAGCCCUCACACGCUGAGCAAGCUGACGGACAGGUCCAAGGCCCUCAGACUCCUUACAGUCCCUCAUUUGUUCUGCCAAUGACAGUUCUUGAUCCUGUGUUGCUACAUCCGAUCGACAUUGCUUUCCUCCAUGAGUAUCGCGACCCUACCAUUGGGAUACUGUACUCUACAGCUGCUCGCUCCUCAAAUAUGAGCGCGGAACGGCGGGACGUUACGAUAUAUGCGGUCUAUGCUCUGGAUCUCGAACAAAAGGCGUCAACCACGUUGCAAUCUGUCCAGAAGCUUCCCAAUGAUCUCUAUCGAAUAAUUGCUCUUCCUCUGCCAGUCGGCGGGGCUUUAUUGGUUGGCGGCAACGAAUUGAUCCAUAUCGACCAAGGAGGGAAAUCUAGCGCUGUCGCGGUGAAUGAACUGGCGAGAGAGGCAUCUUCAUUUCCCAUGGCCGAUCAUUCCGAGGCUCGUCUGAAGUUAGAAGGCUGUCAGGUAGAGCACCUGGGAAAUGCAAAUGGGGACAUGCUGGUUAUCCUGAGGUCCGGAGAACUUGCUCUUUUGACGUUCCGAAUGGACGGCCGUUCGGUCUCUGGGAUGACACUUCGUCGACUUGGAGACGGACAAACGCCAAGUUUGGUUAUGGGAGCAGCAUCUUGCACCGCAAACCUUGGAACCAAUCGCCUCUUCAUUGGGAGUGAGGAGGCCGACUCAGUCCUACUAGCAACAGAUAAGAGGAUCCCCCAGCUGAAGCGAAUCCGCUCUCGAGCGCAGAUACAAGCCAAUGAAGUCGAGCCGCAGGAGGAUGACGAUGAAGAAGAUGGUUAUGAUGAGGACGACGAUGACGAUCUUUAUGCCGAAAUCACUAACGGCCACAACGGCCACGUUUCCGGCGACCUGAGCGGCCAGAGCUUUCGGGCGGUCGAUCGACUCGCAUGUUUGGCACCAAUUAAUGACAUUGCCUUGGGAAGUCUGGGCAAGCGAAAACGUGAAGAUAGUGACGACUCAGAGCGGCUCGAUUCAUCAGACCGCGAACUUGUCUGUGCGUAUGGUCGAGGCAAUGCCGGUGGAAUCGCCUUUAUCCGUCGGCAGCUGGAGCCGGAGGUGGUGCAGCGAAUAAAGUAUGAAGACGCUAUUGGACUCUGGUGUUUUAAUUCUAUUGGGAAGAACCAGAAUGCGACUGACAGGCAUGCGGAGUCUCGAUUCGACAAUCUUAUCCUGGUCUCGCAAGUGACACCAGACGGUGCUGGGAAAUCUUCCUUGUUUUCCCUCGCCGACGACAACCUGGUCCCGAUCACAGACACAGACUUUGAUGAGACGGCUGGCUCUACUAUAUCGGUCUUCAAGCUGGAGAGGACCAACCACACAAUCCAGGUACUUCCAACAGAAGUACGCGUAUAUGAUGCCCAUUUCGGCCUCUCCCAGAUAUUUCCUGUCGUGGAUGAAGAAGAGGGCCAGACAGCCAGGGCAGUCAAGGCCACCUUCGCCGAACCGUAUCUCAUUCUCAUCAGAGACGAUGGAAACAUGACCUCACUCAAAGCCGAUAGAGCCGGUGAACUGGACGAAGUUGAAAUUUCCAGCACUCUGAAGAACAAGUCUAUCCUGUCAGCAUCGCUCUAUCAUGACGCCAGCGAUUUCUUUCAGACAUCGAGGUUCUACGAGGCUGCUGGGACGCCGCGAGGGCCGCUCCUAGCAUUGUUGACAUCCGAAGGGCACUUCUGCCUCCUGUCAUUACCAAACGCCGCCCUUGAGGUGUUUCAAUGUGAUAGCCUGCCCUUCCUCCCCACGUACCUCAUGCAAGGCCUACAAUUACCGAAGCAUUGGAGGAAAAAGGAUGAUCUCGCUGAAACCCUCAUUGUCAAUCUAGGGGACGCAACAGAGUCUCGACCAUAUUUAGUUGCUCGCAACACGACAGGGGAUGUCAUUAUUUAUGAGCCCUUUGCAGAUCCGGAGGUGGUGGGAGGUUUCAAGUUCAAGAAAGUCUCAACCAAGCCGGCCGAAGCACCCGAAGACCAAGUUGAGGAAGAAGGGGAAGAAACCUCACUACGUCCGAUGCAAAUCAUCCCGAACUUGGCUGGACAUGUCUCAGUGUUCAUUCCAGGCUCCCAGCCGAUGCUGAUUCUACGUGAAGCUUCCACGAUGCCUCGCGUUUACGAGUUCCAGCCGCCAAAUAUCAAGUCCAUGAGUGCGGUCCACACUGGAAGCUACCACAAUGGUUUCGUGUUCAUCGACGAUUCGGACCACAUCUGCUUCUCUCAGCUUCCUCCGUCGCUGAUGCUGGGGCAAUCGGAUUGGGUCAUCAAGCGCAUCCCACUCGGACUAGAUAUCGCCUCCCUUGGCUACUUUGCUCCUGCGGACUCUUAUGUCCUUGCUACAAACCACCCUGUAGAAUUUCAACUUCCCCAAGAUGAUGAGUGGCACCCUGAAUGGCAAAAUGAAGCCACGACCUUCUUACCCGCGACGCUGCAAUCUACCCUCAGGCUUCUUAGCUCGAAAACACACCGGAUCAUCAGCCAGUACCACUUUGAGUCUUCUGAGAGGAUUCUGUCAGUGAAAUCACUCAAUCUCGAAAUUUCCGAGGAAAUGCAUGAACGCAAAGAUUUGAUCGUCGUGGGCACAGCUCUGGUCAAGGGAGAAAAUGUGACCACCCGGGGGAAUCUAUAUAUAUUCGAUGUGGUUGACGUCGUUCCCGAACCGGAUGUGCCUGAAACUGACCUCAAGCUCAAGCUGAUCACCAGAGAAGACGUGCGAGGUGCGGUUUCUGCGAUCUCGGGUGUGGGAUCACAAGGUUUCCUCCUGGCCUCGCAGGGCCAGAAAUGCAUGGUCCGAGGGCUGAAGGAGGACAUGUCCAUUCUGCCCGUUGCAUUCUUGGAUAUGCGGUACUACGUGCAUGUCGCCAAAGAGCUUGCAGGGACAGGCCUGUGCAUUCUGGGGGACGCGUUUUCAGGGUUAUGGUUGGUCGGGUACUCGGAAGAACCGUACAAGCUGCAGAUUCUGGGACGUGACUUGGAAAACCCGGCUGUGCUUGCGGCCGAGUUCCUGCCCGACGGGAAGCAGCUAUAUAUCAUUUCGUCGGACGAAGACGGUAUGCUGAGGGUUUUGCAGUAUGACCCUGAAAACCCCAAGACGGAGCGAGGGGCCAAGCUCCUGUUGAGAAGCACGUUUCACACGGGAGCGGUUCCGACGACCAUGACCUUGAUCCCGCCGUCGUCGCCACGGGUUUUCAACGGGAACAAUUUGGACAGUGACGAGAUGGAAUUUGAAGACAACAGCCACAACCCUAGCCUGGCGCAACCUCAUCAGAUCCUCAUCACCACCCAAUCCGGCUCACUUGCUCUCCUGACGCCUCUGCGCGAGAGCACAUACCGUCGCCUCUCCAUGCUGCAGAAUACCCUGAUUGCGACGCUCGACCAUCAACCCGCGAGCCUCAACCCACGGGCAUAUCGCCAGGUGGAGACUGAUGGGAUCGGUGGUCGCGGAAUCAUCGACGGCGACAUGGUGAAGAGGUGGUGGGAAACCAGCACGCAACAACGUGUCAACAGUGCCGAUAAGGCGGGCGGGAGUGUGUGGGAGGUACGGAGUGAUUUGGCCAUGAUUACUGGUGCCAAUCUUGGGUUUUAG